AUGAAUGACAGGUUGAAACUCGAACGCCACUCAUCAUUCUCCGUUCAAUUAAGUUAUCCGAGGGCGUCGACAACUCUUGAUGGUAAGAAUGUGAUCGCCCAUCAUGUAAAGGAACGAGCAUAUGGCUGCAAGUACUGUCAUAAGAAGUUUUCCAGUAAGCAAGCAUUAGGUGGACACCAAAAUGGCCACAAAUUUGAGCGAGUCAUAGAAAGAAAUGCAAAUUUUGGACGUGUAGGGGGUCCCUCCUAUCGUGGCAUGAAUUCUCUCCCUUUUCAGAGUUCUUUCAAUAUACGUCGAGAAAUUUUUAACCAGUCUACGAGAUAUAGGACGUGUAAUCCUCAAAACAUGCAGCAUGGAAUGCUUGCCAACGGCCAUCCAAAUUCCAAUCUGUCAAUGACUCAAGAGCCUCAUGCCCAUGAACCCCUUCAGGAGUUUAGCCACCGUUACCCUAUAUGGCCAAAUCCCCACUUGACAGAUUCCCAGUUUAUUGCAGCCUCAACAGGGAUGGAAAAUCACACACUAAAUUUUUCGAACUCGACAUUUAGAACAGCCUGUUCCAAUGCAACGACGAUUUCGGGUGUGUCUGGAGGUAUAUCAACUGCUAAUUAUUUGCAAUCCAUCCACGACACAAAUCUCAGAGCUGAGAUUAACCACCAAAUUACCGAUUCAACAAAUCAGCAAUGUCCAUACUCGGAGCUAGAUUUAUCACUGAAGCUCUGA